CGGAAGAAGUUUUCUGACGCCGCCAUUAUCGGAGUCUUUUGUGUUUCGCUCCAAACUUGUAGAAAUGAUUAUAUGUAAAUGUUCUGGUUGAUCUUUGAUAACAUAUAAACAGAUGUAUUAUGGAUCGGAUUAAUGAGUGAUCACAGUCGGUUUAAAGUCGCUCUGUUGGGGUUUAUUCGGGUUUUGUGUCAGUCGGGUGCAGGUGGGUGCGGUUCAGAAAAACAUUCACUCGACAGAAGAGAUUCAGACCUUUAAUUGCGAUUAAAUGUCUUUUAUCAAGUCCAAACUUCAAACUGCAAUUAACAACAAUAUGAGGAACACGUUCAAAACCCUUCUGUUCAUAUCACUCUUGUGCGGUGUCUCGGGUGCAGAUGAAAGAAAGUCAGUGAUGGAGGGAGAUUCUGUCACUCUACAGACUGAUGAUAAUAAAAUACUGACGUAUAAUAAGAUCCUGUGGUGGUUUGAAGGUGUUGCCAUAGCUGAAAUCACUGAUGGAGGUAAGAUCGAGGAUAUUACUGAUGUGAGAUUCAGAGGAAGACUAAAGCUGGAUCAUCAGACUGGAUCUUUGACCAUCACAAACAUCAGAACCAUCCACUCUGGAGAUUAUAAAAUAGAGAUCAACACCGACACUGGGACAACAGAGAAGAAAUUCACUCUUACAGUCUAUGAUUCCCCACCUGAUAUUGAUCCUGUUAGAGGUGAAGUGAAGUCUGUGGAGGUGAUGGAGGGAGAACCUGUCCCUCUAAACACUGAUAUUAUUAAUCCACUUGGAGAUGAACUGAUCGUAUGGAGGUUUGGAAGUAUUCUCAUCGCUAAAGUUUAUAAAGAGAACAAUAAGAUCUCAUUCUCUCCUGAUGAGAGAUUCAAAGGCAGAAUACAUCUGGAUCAGACGGGAUCUCUCAUCAUUAAUAACAGCAGAACCGCACACACUGGAGAAUAUAAACUAAAGAUCAGCAGCAGCAACAGAGACACCAUAUACAAGAGAUUCAUUCUUAUUGUGAACCAUCCGCCGCCGCCGCCGCUGUCUGCAGGUGCUAUAGCAGGAAUAACUGUUGCUGUUCUGCUCGUGGCUGCAGCUGCUGCUGUUGGUGUGAUUUACUAUCGCCGCAAGAUCUCUGAACAAGAAAGAAAAAAGGAUGAACAGAGGACAGUGUUCAUAUUGGAGGGAGAAUCUGUCCCUCUAAUCACUGAUGAUGAUCGUAUAAAGAAAGAUGAUGUGAACCUGUAUUAUGGAGCGACUCUCAAAGCUGAAAUCAGAAGAGGGAAGAUCACACAUGUUACAGAUGAUAUCAGAGAGAGACUGAAGCUGAAUCAUCAGACUGGAUCUCUCAUCAUCACAGACAGCAGACGCACAGAUGCUGGAAUUUAUCAACUGAAGACCAUCAACAGCACUAAAGAGAUCACAUAUAAGACAAUAAAUGUUACUGUCAAAAAUGAAGGGAUCUCAGAGAUGGUAACGGAGGGAAAUCCUGUCAAUUUAUUCAGUGGUGUUACUGAACUACAGGAAGAUGCUGAAGUAGAGUGGAAAUUUAAAAACACUGUCAUGGCUGACAAAAAACAAAAGGACAAAAAGAUCUCAUUACGUCAGAAUGCUCAUGAUGGGAAAUUCAAACAGAAUCUGCUGGUGGACCAACAGACUGGAUCUCUCUCCAUCACAGACUUCACAAAAGAUCAAUCUGGAGAUUAUGAACUGAAGAUCAUCAGCAGUAGAGUAACUGUACACAAGAUAUUCAAUGUUACUGUCUCUGGUGAUGAAGUGAUCUUAAAGAGAGUAAAGGAGGGAGAAUCUGUCGAUCUAUUCAGUGAAAUACAGAAAGAUGCUCAAGUAGUGUGGAAAUUUGCAGACACUGUCAUAGCUGAGAAAAAACAAAAGGACAAAACGAUCUCAUUACGUCAGGAUGCUCAUGAGGAUUUCGGAGGAAAAUUGAAUGUGAAUCAACAGACUGGAUCUCUCACCAUCACAGACAUCACAAUGGAUCAAGGUGGAGUUUAUGAACUGAAGAUCAUCAGCAGCAGAGCAAAUGUACACCAGAAAUUCAAUGUUUGUUUCUAUGAUGAAUAUAUCUUAAACCCGUUAACGGAGGGAGAUUCUGACACUUCCGGAUCAGUAACGCCUCAUGGCAAAGCACGUGAAUAUAUCUUAAACCCGGUAAAGGAGGGAGAUUCUGUCAUUGAUGAAUAUAUCUUAAACCCGUUAACGGAGGAAGAUUCUGAUGAAUAUAUCUUAAACCCGUUAACGGAGGGAGAUUCUGACACUUCCGGAUCAGUAACGCCUCAUGGCAAAGCACGUGAAUAUAUCAUAAACCCGGUAAAGGAGGGAGAUUCUGACAUUGACACUUCCGGAUCAGUAACGCCUCAUGGCAAAGCACGUGAAUAUAUCAUAAACCCGGUAAAGGAGGGAGAUUCUGACAUUGAACAACCUGCUGAUGGAGUGAAUAAGUUGGAUGUUUUUAAUAUCGAGGCUGAUGAUGGAGCGAAUGAGUCUGAUAGUUUGAUGAAUAAUGCCGCUGCUGAUGAAGUGAAUAAGAAACAGGUCACAAGUCCUGUUUAAGUUAAAGAGACUCUCAGCAUCACUGCUGUAAAUCACUGUUACAUCAUCAACAUUCAAAUCACAUCUACAAAAACAUAUUUCACAUUUUAAUGAAUCUCGAUAAACUCGUCCUGUAAAAUGAGAGAUCAACAUACGCUGUUAAACUCUGAAACUAAAGUGUAAAAAGUGUCUUUAUUUUCAAUUUGUUUUUGCCAUUCACACGUAUUAAUAAUCAAAUCCUGCUCUAUGAUAUACAUUUUUUAUCAUUUUAAUUGUAUACAGGUACAAUAACGUUUGACUCUCUUCUAUAUCAUGAGUGUAGACUGCACGCUUUAAAUAUCUAAUAUUAUAUAAUCCACAUAUACAACAUCAGUUUUCCUCAAAGUAUUGUGUUUUUAUUAAUCUGACACCACUAACAGGUUCAUGUUUAGUUUUAGGUCAUUUUAACACUCAUGUCCAGUGACUUACACAUUGAGUUAUUAUGCUUUUAUUAAAGACAUUAUCAAACCGCAAGUUUAUAUUCUUUUAGUAUUUUUAUUUGACUUUGCGAUGUGCUUUAAUAGUUUUCUGCUAUAUUGAAUAAGUGCACUUGUUAAUUUUAUCUGGUAAUAUUGAGUGUUUUUGUGAAGUCUGAGAUUGUGAAUUUAAUGUUUUAAAUACGGUCUGAAUAUUUCUGCCACUAAUCACAGGGUUGGUGGUUCGAUUCCCGGCCCACAUGCCGAAGUGUCCUUGGGCAAGACACUGAACCCCAAGUUGCUCCCAAUGGCAGGCUAGCACCUUGCAUGCAGCUCUGCCACCAUUGGUGUGUGAAUGGGUGAAUGAGACACAGUGUCAAGUGUUUUGAAUGCCGCUAAGGUUAAAAAGGCACUAUAUAAGUGCAAACCAUUUAUUAACUGCUGUUCUGAUGUGAAAUACAUACAAGCUUUUAACUUCAGCUUCAGAUAAUCCUGCCAAAUAUGCAUGUAUGUUAAUCUGUAUUAUGACCAAAAAAUAAAUAAAAUAUA